AUGGCCAGCCUACCCCCUGACACCAUCCAAGUGAAACGGAAACGUGGCAGCGAUGACGACGGCAUCGACUUUCUCCGAUUUGAGGAGACCAAACGAUCGCGUUCCGACGAUGGCGGCGGUUGGGUGUACCAGCGCAAGCAGAUCGCGGCGAACCGACAGCGCCACGCCACCGAAUCGUCGAACCCCACCGCCGAAGUUCCCGUAAUCCAGCCGACAAAAGAUGGCGAGGAGGGCCGGCCUAUCAAGCGCCCGCAGAAACCAGCUCGAGGCCAUGCGAGGAAUAACACCACGUUGCAAGGGGCUGCGAAGGACACCGCGAAAGCGACGGCGCCUAGAAGCACGCCAGGCACCAGGCCAGCAACACCUGUGCCCGCACCCGCUUCACCCGCGCCUGCAAGUCAUCUGGCAACUACCGAGCGCACACGUCGCUUCCACCUGGCACGAUCCAACUCGCCGCAGCCGCCCGCAGGCGUGUCCAAACGGCGCGCCCUGCCCGCGGUGUUCAUCGAGCGGGGCGCGAAGAAACAGCGCGAGACGCUCAAGUCCAUCAUCCAGCAGGAACGCAAUGCCACCCCAGCCGGGUCCCCCUCCCCGCCAGAACCUGCAUCCAGCCCCGAAGCAGACAACAGCCGUAACAACAAAAACCCAAUCGUCGCACGUGAGCCAAGCCCAAUCAAGUAUAAACGGCCCGGCAACCGAGCGUGCACCCGGGCGUCCGACGAAAAGCCCACACUGCCCCCCUCGAUGCGCAGCAGAAGUGAGAGUACCGACAUGAACGCCCUGGCUCUCGUGAUGGAUAGCUGGACGAUCGACGAGAUCACCAAGAACCUCAAUAGGAUGGACGUGCGGAGCACCACCUCCAAAUCAAGCCCGGCGCGAUCGCGGUUCAAGCCUAAGGCGCCUAAGCUGCGCUAUUUCGAGCGCCACCCGGAGUCUGUUAGGGGGAGGAAGGUGGAGCAGUCGAACCCACCGGGGGCUGCGGCUAUGGAUGUGGAUACGGCGAUGAGCACGGGUAUGGCUGAUACCACAGACGAGGAAGACUACGUGGUGGAGACAUACGAGCGUGUUCCUGCAGAACGGCUACGGAACCAGGCGGUGCCGGCUCACCGCGUGGGGUUGUUGGUGUUUGAUACGGAGCCGGAUAAGGCCGAGUUCUUUUAUGGAAACGAGAGCGAUAGCGAAGACGAGUUCCCUGAAGAUGACGAGGAUGAGAAUGCGGAGAACUACUACGCCGCAGACUACCCCGAUGAGGACCUGGACUGGGACGAUGAGUUUGGGCAGAAUCCUUACCAAUUCACAAACCAGAACGAUUCGGACAAGGAAGAGUACGACGAGCUGGAUUAUGACGACGACGAUGUUUGGAACGGCAGCCGUCCACCCGGUAUAGGUUUCAGGGCGGGUUGA